AUGGAAAAAAGCCAGCGGCUGACCGCUGCUAUCAUUUGUGUCAUUAUCCUGACAAUCAUGAGAGUCUUUUUCACGAUAUUAUUCUUCAUUUCCAGUGUCAUUUGUAUUAUACAUGCAGAGAGCCGCGUUGAACGGUGCGAUGGUCAUCUUACCCUCUCUCAAAAAGCAGUUGACAGUCUCAACACAACUAGCACCUUUGUGGAGACUGCUGUGUCAUCAUUUCUCAUUUUUCUCAUCUUUCGAUGGAAGCCGUUUAACUACAGGAACUUUCUCAAGGCUCUUCCAAGACAAGGACACUUUUGGAUGUGGACUGCUCUGUGGAUUGCGCGAAUUUUCACAAACGUUCUAAUAGGAAUUAUCCCAGGCAUUCAGGAGAGCUACUCGGUUCUCAUCGUCCUUGGUUUUUCGUUGCCAUUAGAAUUCGCUUUGACGACAGUUUUCGCUUGUGCGCUGGCAUUUGUAGGUUUUGACAAUGUAAAAGCUUGGCUGUAUCAACACUUUCCCACUAAAGCCGCACGCAAGUUGACAUACUUGUACAGAACAAUUUUGUUUACAUAUGGCCUUCGAAUGCUUGCUUUAUUCCUGUACGACUCGUUUCUGGUAGCAAGGCAUAUUACCCGCCAAAGUGAGUACCGGGAGCUUGACAGCAUUCUUUUAGCUUUGGAUGUAUUCUAUAGAGGGAGUUUGUGCGUCUUCUUCUUCCAGAAGUUUUUUGAGUUCCCCAUACCGGAUGUCUUACAAAAAACUUUCGAAAUUAAGCGGCCUAAGGAAUUGGAUGAGCAGUUUAGCAAAUGUAGUGAAAGUUUUCGCUCGGGAUCCCCGGAAAAAUUGGAGGACGGAGAGCUGGAAGAAAAAGAAAAUGACUGUGUGUUUGGUGGAUCAGAUGUUCUCUCGCGGAAAAAAGAUAAAGAGGUAGAGCAUAUGGAGUGA